AUGCGCCGCGCUACGCUGUUACUUCUGGUGCUCUCGGUGUUCCGCCGAUUCUCGUCCGGCGUUGGAUUCAACAUCCUCGGAAUUUGCCCCAGCACCAGCUACAGCCACCAGCAACCUUUUCAAGCAUUGAUGAAAGCAUUGGCGGCUCGUGGGCACAACGUCACCGUGAUAUCAACCAUCCCGUCAAAGAAGCCAAUCGAGAACUACGAAGACGUCGAUUUGUCGUUCACCUACGAGAAGAAGGAUUGCACCGGUUUAAGGCACAUGGGAGCGUUCACGAUUCUACGAAACAACAUGCAAGAGGCGAACGAGUUGUGCGAGAAACAACUGUUCAGCCCACCCAUCAGGGAGCUAAUUUCGAAGAACAAGACCUUCGACGCGGUGAUUAUAGAACAAUUAUGGUACCAGUGUUAUUACGCCCUCGUGAAGCAUUAUAAUUCUCCUGUUCUAAUCGGAUUUCUGAGCGUCGGGAACCUGCCGUACGUUAUGGAUUCGGUUGGAAAUCCAGACGACCCGAUGCUAAACCCGGACAUGGCCUAUCCUUUCACGAACAAAAUGGCUCUCGACGAACGUAUCUGGAACUACCUCUACACGACCUGGACGAGAAUAUACUACAAGUACUGGCACUUGCCGAGAGCGCAAAAGAUCGUUAACAAGUGGACGCCCGACGCCUCGGUCCAGGAUAUAGACAGAAACUUCAGUCUGGUGAUGUUGGGAAACAAUCACGUGUUCGGGUAUCCGAAGCCCCUGCUUCCGAACGUGAUCGAACUUCACAGCCUGCAGAUCACCGAGAAACGAGAGGCUUUGCCUAAGGAUAUUCAAGAAUUCCUAGACAACGCGGAACACGGAGCAAUCUACUUUUCUCUAGGCUCUAAUCUGCAAACUCAUCAGUUACCCACCGGUCCUUUGACCGCGUUGUGCAACGCGCUGAGCUCGCUCAAGCAAAGAGUUCUAUGGAAACACGGCGGGGACAUCGCCAUUCAACCAGCUAACGUGAAAUUUGUGAAGUGGGUACCCCAGCAAGCGGUUUUAGCACAUCCGAAAGUGAUGGUCUACGUGAUGCAGGGUGGAUUGCAGUCGUUGCAGGAGGCGGUGCACUAUUCUGUGCCGGUAGUCGCCAUUCCCUUUUUCGGGGAUCAACUUUUCAACGCACGUAAAAUCCUGGACGCCGGUAUCGGACUCGCGUUGAGCAUCGAUACCAUCAACGAGGAGUCCAUCGUACGGACCCUCACAGACGUUAUAGAAAAUAAAACGUAUUACAACAAUAUCAAGGUCAUGUCAGAGAUCGUAAAGGACGAAUUGGUAAAACCGAUGGACCGAGCCAUUUGGAAUAUCGAGCACGUGAUUAAAUUUUCAAACUGGGGACACUUGCGUUAUCACGGUCACAAUAUCUCGUUACUCGACUAUUACGAAACGUUCGUGAUCGUGAUUAUGGCCAUAAUAUUGUUCUUAUGGAUCUGCAAUUUACUUGUUAAAAAAUGGAAGAAAACUAUAUACUUAAACAAUAGAUUUAACAACAUUCCAAAGACAUAUCAAGCACUGAAAACCAUCGAUCAUCUGUAG